AUUGAGAUGAAUAUUAUUCAAAAUAAUCGGACAGCAUCAUCCUGUACAAGCCACAGAGACCAUUGCAUACAUGAGCCGAGGUUGUACUGCUGAUAAACACAGACUCAUGGACCAGCUACUAUGAGGUUAUUCAGUAGUUCCCGGACUCUCCUCAAACACAUUGUCCGUCACUGUCCUGCUGACUGCCAAUGGACCAGUGCCCUCACCCUGUCCUACAAAUUCCACCCCUGCAGGGGGCUGUCGACGGAUGGCUCCACUCCUCAGCCACAGAUUAGUGAAAACUCAGUAGAAGUUUUGAGCCAUGUCUACCCACGAGAUGACAUGACCAAUGUGACAGCUAAAAUCUUGUCCAAAGUUGGCUGCCAGCUUCACAACCGACGGCACCAUCCCUUGUGGCUUAUUAAAGAACGCAUCAAAGACCAUUUUUACCGCUCCUACAUCGGCCGCACAGGAAACCCACUCUUUUCUGUACAUGACAACCUCAGCCCAGUAGUGACGGUGGAGCAGAACUUCGAUAGCUUGCUCAUUCCUCCAGACCAUCCCAGUCGGAAAAAAGGGGACAAUUACUACCUGAAUCGCACACACAUGCUGCGGGCCCACACCUCUGCCCACCAGAAGGAGCUGGUGCGCGCAGGGCUGGAUUGCUUCCUGCUGGCUGGAGACGUAUAUAGACGAGAUGAGAUAGACUCCAGCCACUAUCCUGUCUUCCACCAGAUGGAGGGAGUGCGGCUUUUCUCCAACCAUGAGCUGUUUGCUCGAGUGGAGAAUGGUGAAGACCUGUCAUUGUUUGAGAGUGGUGGCCGUCGCACGCCUCAGAAACAGGAAACGCACACUCUGGAGGCCGUCAAACUGGUGGAGUUCGAUCUGAAACAGGCACUCACGCGCCUCAUGCGACACCUUUUUGGGGAAGAUUUGGAGAUCCGCUGGGUGGACUGCUACUUCCCUUUCACACAUCCCUCCUUCGAGAUGGAGGUGCGCUUCCAGGGCGAAUGGUUGGAGGUGCUGGGCUGUGGGGUGAUGGAGCAGGAACUGGUCCGCUCAGCCGGUGCUGGUAAUAAGAUGGGUUGGGCUUUUGGUCUUGGGCUGGAGAGGUUGGCCAUGGUUCUGUUCGACAUCCCAGAUAUCCGACUUUUCUGGAGCGAGGAUGAACGCUUCCUAAAACAGUUCCGCCUGUCUGACAUCUAUCAGCCUGUCACCUUCCAGCCUCUCAGUAAGUACCCUCCGCUCUUCAAUGACAUCUCCUUUUGGCUGCCGGCCGAAGGUUACACAGAAAACGACUUCUACGACCUGGUACGCAACAUCGGAGGAGACCUGGUGGAGAAGGUCACGCUGGUGGACGAGUUCACACAUCCAAAGACGAAGAGAAUGAGCCACUGUUACCGUGUUGAGUAUCGUCACAUGGAGAGGACCCUGUCCCAGGAAGAAGUGCGCAUUAUCCACUCAGCCAUUGAGCAGGCAGCCGAAAAAGAGCUCGGAGUCCAGGGAAGAUACUGAACAUUCACAAAAAAAAACACAUGACGAUGUUCCAGAUUCACAGAUGUAGUCGUAUCUCUCUGUGGAAACUCUUUUUAAAGCAGCUACAACUGCACAUAGUUGGAGACUUGAACCAAAAUGUCAUUAUUUACUCGCCAUCUUGUUCUUCUAAACCUUUAAGCAGAAUGUUGAAAAACCUUUAUGCAGCUUUUUUUCCAAAUAACAACAUUACUAAUGGCAUAGUUCAGUCAAAAAUGAAAGUUCUAUCAUCAUUUACUCACCCUUAUGUCGUUUGAAUCUGUUUUUUUGGAACAUAAAAUAAGAUAUUUUGAAGAAUGUUGGUAACCAAACAGUUUUUGUCACCAUUGACUUUCAUUUUAUGUUUUGUAUGAACAUACAACAGUAGUUGUAUGACUACUUUUUGAUACUUUUCCCCAGCUUUAAUGGUACAUUGUUGAAGCUUGACAGAUUUGGCCACUAUAAACUAUAACUGUGUGGAAACUGGAAGGUAAAAAAACAGAAUACAGGUUUGAAAUGACAAGAGGGGGAGUAAAUAAUGACAGAAUUGUCAUUUGGAGGCAAACUUUCCUUUAUCAUUUGCAAGAUUUGACCUUGAAAUGACCUUUUGGGUCAUAAUAACCUCUCUAGACCUGACUGCACUCACUUCCACACCGCAGGCUGUCUCUAGCUUUAUAAUGGUACAAACAGCCAGAUUUAACACAAAUGUCAAAGAGGCCUUUUACACACCUGGAUCCAUGCCAGCCUGAUGAUCAGCAGGAAACAAGAGUUCUUAUUUCUAGAUUUGUGUUUUCUUAAGAAAGAUAUGAGAGAGCCUAUAAUGAGCUGCUGCCCAGAAAUUAGCAAGAUAAUGAAACGCUUUCUCAAAGUCACUCCACAGUAAAAUGGCAAAUGGGAGACUAACAGAUCAUCAUUUGUAGUAGAAAAUAAAACUGUUGUUCAGGUGUAAUUAUGUCGAUGUGCCCUUUAUUGUAUACUCCAAUAGCCAUACUAAUGCUGCAGACUGGGAGUACCUGGAAUUAUUUUCAAUUUAAUAUCCCAUAAGUUGUGGUUUUGUGUGUGUAUGGAAAAAAGGAGUCACUCCUACUUCAUCAGACUCAUGAUUGUUGAGUGAAAUUCUGACUAUAGCAACAUGUUGGCGUGUCACAGCUGUAAACAUAAUAAAUGCAUUGUAAAAAGGAA